CGAAACACGCCAAGAGAACUUUUCUCACAGAAACUUACUAAAGUCCACACAGAUUCCUUCUCAUUUGCCAAUUCAAACGACAGCUAAUAAUCUAUAAACCCUAACUUUUUCAAAUUGAAUUCCCGAUUUUUUAAUCUUCAUUUCCCAUUUUUCGGUGAAAGCAAGAGCUAAAAAGCUGAGAUCGGCACCGAAAAGUUGACAAUUAUUGCUUUUUAUUGGGGAGUGUCUGAAUUUCGUUGAAUGUACGACAAUUUAUUGGGGAUUGGGUUGUGAAUUGCGAUUGGUCUCUUCUGAUGAUUUAUUAUUUCCGAUCAGUGUGCCAAUUGAGCUCAAUUUCGUAUAAUUUUCUGCCCUUGGAUGUGUUUUUUAUAUGUUGUUUAAAUUGUCUUAGAUUUCUUCUGAAAAUUUGAUCUUUUGACUUAUAGUUGUUGUCUGUAACUGUCUUAGUUUGGUCUCAAAUUUACUUAUUCUUUGGUUGUAUUGUUAUUGUUGAAAGUUUGAAAUUUAGAGCUCAUUUAAGCAGAUUAGUUGUCAACUUUGGAGAUUGAAGGAUAAAAGUAUUAGGGGGUUUUGUGUGGAGUCGAGUUAAAGUUUGUGACAAAUGGCUGAUCGGUUUAGGUCUGCUUCGAUUGAGGAUUUGCCCUCUCAUUUGAUUUUUGAGAUUUUGAUAAGGGGGCGGCUUAGUGCAGUUGAUCUAGUAUGUCUAGAGUUGAGUUCUAAACUUUUUGGAGGGAGUCAUGGGUUGUACCCCCAUAAAUUCCGGUCAUUGGUGGAUUUUGCGGCGUUUCAGCUUUGUGCAUCACAUAUCAUAUAUGCGGGGAUGAGUUGGAAAGUGCAGAAAGAGCUCUUUGAUCGGUGUAAUGAGAAUUGGAAGCGUGUGUUGAGGUUCUUGCAGUCUGUGGAGCAUUCUUCUGACAUGGUUGAAACCUCAGCAGGCAAUAUGCAGAUUACAACUGGAAGGUAUCACACAUUGCUGAUCAGCAAUUCAUCAGUUUACUCUUGUGGUUCCAGUUUAUGUGGUGUUCUUGGUCAUGGUCCUGAAACAACACAAUGUGGAGCAUUGGCACGGAUUAAUUUUCCAUAUGCAGCAAAUGUGGUCCAAGUCUCAGCCACCCAAAAUCAUGCCGCUUUCAUUUUGCAAUCUGGAGAGGUUUUUACAUGUGGAGAUAAUUCAUCCUAUUGUUGUGGUCAUAGAGAUACAAGCCGUCCCAUAUUUAGGCCUAGGCGUGUUGAAGCACUGAAGGGAGUUCCUUGCAAGCAGGUUGCUGCAGGGCUUAAUUUCACUGUGUUCCUAACAAGACAAGGUCAUGUCUACACAUGUGGGUCCAACACACACGGCCAGCUUGGUCAUGGUGACACUGUAGACAGGCCAACACCCAGAAGCAUUGCAUCGAUUGAGGAAGUUGGCUCUGUAGUUCAGAUUGCUGCUGGUCCAAGUUAUGUCCUGGCUGUAACUGGAAAUGGGGAAGUUUACUCGUUUGGUUCUGGUUCUAAUUUUUGUCUUGGACAUGGAGAACAGCAUAAUGAGUUCCAACCACGUGUGGUCCAGACAUUUAAGAGAAAGGGCAUUCAUGUGGUCCGUGUCUCUGCUGGUGAUGAGCAUGCAGUGGCGCUUGAUUCCAUUUGUUUGGAUUUGGUGAAUAUCUGA